AUGGGUCAGACAUGCGAGAAGCCGACCGAUGUGAGGUCUUCAGCCCUGGAACUCAUCGGCAACACCCCUUUAGUUGCCCUAGACCGAUUAUACUCUGGACCCGGGAGGUUACUCGCAAAAUGCGAAUUCAUGAAUCCGGGUGGUUCCAUCAAAUGCCGUGCAUCGUACCACAUGAUACAGAAAGCUCGUCUCCGCGGCGAGUUGAAACCUGGCGACCCAGUGAUAGAAGCCACUUCGGGGAACCAGGGAUGCGGGCUGGCAGUCGCUUGCGCUGUCCUCGGCCACCCCCUGACUUUGACCAUGUCUAAAGGAAACACGGUUCAGCGAGCCAUUCACAUGGAAGCGCUGGGAGCUACAUGCAUCAGAGUCCCCCAAGUCGAAGGUACGUACGGUCAUGUAACCAACGCGGAUCUGAUGGCAGCGAAGGAUGAGGCGAUAGCGCUGCAGCAGAAAACCGGAGCGUUCUUCGUCAAACAGUUCCUCAACGAUGACAAUGUUGAAGCGCACUAUACUUCAACUGGACCAGAGAUUUGGCAACAGACCGGAAAUCGAGUGAGCGCUUUCGUAACAGCCGUCGGCACUUCCGGAACAUUUAUGGGAGUAUCUAAGUACCUGAAGAAACAGAAUCCUAAAAUACAGUGCUAUGUUGUUGAGCCGGAAGGUUGUGAACCAAUAAAGGGAAAGCCAAUAACCAAAGCGUCCAACACGCUCCAGGGUUCGAGUUAUGGAGUUGUUCCAGAUCUCUUCAAAUAUGAAUGCAUGGACGCGACGAUAACAGUGACGGAUGAAGAGGCAGAGGAAUAUAGGGAGUUGAUAGGGAAGAAGGAAGGUCUCUACGUGGGGUACACAAGUGGUGCUAACGUCUGCGCAGCGGUGAAGUUGCUUAAAUCUGGUAAGCUACCGAAGAAUGCGUGGGUGGUGACCAUCCUCUUCGACACCGGGCUGAAGUAUACGCCCGUACCUGAAUCUUUAAUGUGA